AUGUUCAUUGUAACCAACCCUCAUCCCCCAUGUUCCAUUUGUAACCCCCUGUAUUCCAUUGUAACCAACCCUCACCCCCCGUAUUCCAUUGUAACCAACCUCAUCCCUCCGUAUUCCAUUUUAUAUAAGCAUUCCCGCUCUCGCGGAUCGACUAUGCCCUGCCGAAGGUCAAAAACAAAAUCUGCAAUGAGCAAUGCAUCUACAAGCGAUAAUAGAAAAAGAAAAUCCCAAGAUUCUUUUACACAAAAUUGUGUACGUGUGCCAAAAAAAAAAAACUCUUUCUGUCUGUCUCUCUUUUUCUCAUGCCCACCCCACUUUCCAGCUGUAUGUAAAUUGGAAAUGAGGGUCUCUCUCUUCUCUCUCUCUCUCUCUCUCUCUCUGACUGGAGACAGCUGCUGGGUUCUCUUAGAGAAUCAGUUUAUUUCAAUUGCUGGUGAUUCCUUGAUUGAAAGUAGUUCGAUAAUCCCAACACUCGAAGAACUUCAUACUGCCGGAACCAGUACGCGUUCGACCCCAUCUGAACUCUUUGGGGGCUCCCAGUUUCGCUUCCAAAAUCAUUUUAUCACCCCUACUCGGCAUUCACCUCUGCCCAAGCUGAAUUGGGCAGACUCGAAAGAGGUAUGGCGAGUUAUGAUCGAAAAAGAACUACAUUAUGCCAAAGAUCCGUCAAUGUUGGAAAGGCAUCCAUCGUUGCAGGCAAAAAUGAGAACCAUUCUCUUGGAUUGGUUAAUUGAGGUGUGUGAAGUCUAUAAACUACAUCGUGAGACUUACUAUCUUGCUCAUGAUUUCAUUGAUCGUUAUUUAACCAAAGAGAGAGAUAUUAUCAAACAUCAACUUCAGCUGAUUGGAAUUACAGCGUUAUUUAUUGCAGCAAAACUGGAGGAAAUCUACCCACCCAAAUUGGCUGAUUUUGCAUAUGUAACAGAUGGAGCCUGUUCAGAAAGUGAAAUAUUGGAUCAAGAAUUAAUUAUGUUACAGUUGGUUGACAUUUGCAUGUUGGAUAUUAGCAGCUUGAAUUAUAGCAACAGUGUGAUUGCAGCCUCGGCUCUUUACCACAAAUCCUCAUCAAAUGUGGUUCUCAGUGUAUCAGGACUUACAAUGGCUGACCUACUACCCUGCAUCAGAUGGAUGGAACCCUAUGCUCUGACUGUCCAAGAAGCUGGGCCUGUUGAAUUAAAGUUCUUUCCAACAGUUCACAUAGAUGACAGUCACAACAUACAAACACAUGCUGUUGAUUUGGAACUGUUGGAGAAAGCACAUACAAGAAGAGAAUUGGAAGCUGCAAAGUGUGACAACAUUCAGACAGGUGCAGAAAUGAAUUUGCUUACUCCACCUUUGAGUGACAAAAAGGGCAACUCUUGUGAUAAUCUCAUGUGUUCGUCUUCAACACCAAAAAGCAAGCAUUCUGAAACCACAUCAAAUUCCUCUCCUUGA